CAAACCAUUCAUGCGCAGUUCAUCUGGAGCUUGUAUGUUUUUUAAUAAUAUUAUUUUAUUUUAUUUUUUUCGUCAAGCUCCAAAUGUGUAUCUAUUUCUACAAACUUUCUUUGUUUGUUGUCAAGCUUGUACCAUGACUUUUGUUUUUUUAUAACAUUAAAAUUAUAAAUUAUAUUCAAAACGUGUCUAUUAAUAAAUUAAUAUAUUAAAAUUGAUAUUGAAAUUAAUGCUGUAAAAUGGAGCAACAACAACAACAACAACAAGAAAAUAAAAUAAUUAAUGAUGAAAAUUCAUCGUCAUCUUCAUUGGAUGAGUGGACAAUAAUUGAUGGUAAAGAAGCUAAGGAUAAUUCUAGUGUUGACAAAGAUAUUAAAUCUCAAAAUAAAAAUGAUGCUGAGAUUGAGGAAAAAGAAGAGGAAGAAGACGUUGAUGAUGAUGAUGAUGAUGACGACAAUGAAGUUAUAAUUGAAGAAGCACGAAAAUUUGUUGAAGACAUUGAUAAGGAUCAAAUUGAUGAAAUUGGAGAUGAUUGUCUUGUUCAACAUGACGAAGACUCAGAUGGUAUAUCUGUGAUAACUGAGAGUGAUAAAAAUGAACAUGAACAAUCGAAAAAUCGUCGUCCAGUAUUGGAAUCAUUUAAGGACAAUGACAGUAGUCGUCGGGUACAAAUGCUUUCAAAUAUUUUGACUGCAUGCAUCUUGGCAGGAGCAAUUGGUUUUGGCAUUGGAUAUCUUGCACAUGAAGAAAAAACUCGUGAUACAAUAUUAUCAAGUGAUAUUGUAAAUACCGAAAGAUCCUUUAAUUCAUUAAAUCAAAAAACAGCUGAACGAGAUAUUGGAGCUUUGCCAAAUGGCAUUAACACAAUAAUUGAUAAUUACGAAAAAAUGAAAAAAUCAAAUAUCCACUUGAAGGAUAAAAAAAUAAUGAAUAAAUUAAAGAAACAAGAAGCAAUAGAUAUUGAAAAUUUUGAUAAGAUAAAUAGCCACAAUAAUAUAUUGGAAAAAAUAAAAUUUUCAUUCGACACACUUUGUUUGAUAAUAAAUGAAAAAAAUAAUAUUCAAUGUAAUAAUAAAUUAAAUUCAAUAAAUAAUAUAAUUGAAUUAAAAAAUAUAAUAAAUGACAUUGUUGAAUCAACAAAUAAUAAUGAUUUAUCAGUUAAUCAAUUUAUUGAAAAUAUUAAUAAUAAAAUUGAUUCAAUGUCAAAUAAAAUAUACAAUGAUUUAAAGAGAUUCAUUGAAAAUUCAUUAAUGAAAAUUGACAAAAAUUCAAAUACAAUAAAACGUAAGUUACAAAAAAAAAUUUGUAUUAUUAAAAAUACCAUGACAGAUGAUUCGAAAAUCAUUAAAAUAUUACAAUCGAAAAAUAUAACAAUGGAUAAUUGUGAGAUGAUAACUCCACCACCGAAAAUUAAUAAUAAAGUAAUAAAAAAAAAUAAACGUAAUUCAACAGAUGAAUAUAAAAUACACAAUGAUGAUAAUGUUGUUGAUAAAAAAUUAAAUAAAAAAUAUAAAGGUGAAAUGAAACGUAAUUUUGUUGAAGAAUAUCAUGACAAUUCACAUGACAAUAUGAGAAAACAAGUAUGGCCAUCAUUUAAAAAUAAAAAACAAUCUAAAAAUCAUGAAAAUAAUAAAGCUAAAAAUCAGCCAAUAAGUCCAAAUGGUGAAAUUUGUUAUAAAAAAAAAUCAUGUUUUAAAAAAAAUGACAAACAUGAUGAUAAAAUAUUAAAUGAUAAUAUUGAUAAUUGGCAAUUUAAAAGGGCACAAGAUCGACAUAUUCAACGAGAAGAAAAUGAUGUUCAAUCAAAUUUUGGGUGGUAUCAUGAUCGUGCAAAAAGUCGUGAAAAUUCACGACAAAAAUAUUGAAAAAUACCUGUUUUUUUUUUUCAUUUAAAAGUAUUUUAAUUAACUAUGGUUAAACAUAAAAAAAGAAAAAUUAAAUUGUAGAAGUAUUUUGAAUUUCUAAAUAUCGUAAAUAUUAUUAUUCAUAUGUGUGUAUUAAUAAUAAUUAAAAAAUUAAUUUAAUUGGCUUGAAAGGCCUUACAGCCAUCAACAAGUGAUACUCAAAAUUUCAUUCAAUUAAAAUAAAUAAAAAGAAAUAUAGAUAUAUAUAUAUAUAGUUGUAUGUUCAGAAAUGUUCACUUGUUUUUUUUUCUUUGCCAAAUAAUAAUAAACAAAUUAAAUGGCUAAUAAAUUGAAUUAUUCCAGUAAUCAAAAUCCUCAUGAUGAAUUAUUUAAUUUUAUUAAUUUUACUAUCAAAAAUAUAUUUGAUAAUGUUGAAGAUAAAAUUUUGCAAUUACCAGAUUAUUUAAAAUCGAAACAAUCACGUAUAUUCUUACGUCAUUUAAAAUUUUUAAAAGAUCAUACUAUUUGGAGAAUAAAAAAACUACCAAUUAAUGAUAAAAUUAAAAAUGAUUAUUAUCAAAAUUUAUGGAUAGAAAAUGAAAUAAUUAAAUAUGAAUUACAAGAAUUGACUGAAUUAUUUCAACAACAAAUCAAUUUUCAUAACAACAAAAUUGAUCAGAUUAAUAUUACUAAUAAUCAAAAUUUAGAGUUAAUUGAUAAAAUUAUAAAAAAAGGAUAUGAAGAUGCUGAAUAUUUAACGUUGUUUUUUUUGUUAAUUAAUUUGAAAAAUUGAUUGAUUAUUGAUUAACAGUGUUUGAUUAGUUUGUUUUUUUUUUUUAGAAAUAAAUUAGAAAUGAUGCAACUGACUGAGUAUGAACAAUCAGAAUCACGACAGCAAGAUUUACAACAAAUUUGUGUUAUUUCGAAAAAUAAAUUACACUAUUUGCAUGUACAUUGUCAAGAUGUAGAAAAAGAAUUACUAUCAAAAAGGUAAGUUGACAAACAAGUAUAUAAAAAACAUUUAAAUAAACAAUAAUAAAUUUAUAACAGAUUUAAAGUAACAUCACAAUUGACAUCAUUGAUAAAUCGUUUCGAUACUGAAAUCGAAAAAAAAAAUGAACUUUUACUUGACAUGAAAAAUCAACUAAAUAAUAUAAAAAAUGAAAUUAAAAAAACUGAUGAAAAUAUUAAACUACAAUUAGAUAUUUUUGAUUCAUGUCAAGUAGAACAUGAAGAGACACGUUUAAAUAAUAUAAAAUUAAAAAUAAAAGAAAUAAGAAAACCAAGAGCAGCUAAAAUAAUUAUAAAUUGGUGGAAAAAUAUU